AUGGCCGCCAACUCCAUGCGGUCGCAACAGGCCUCGCUGUUGCGCCUCCGCCGUGUCGUCUACCCACGCCCGCCAUAUCCUUGCACACGACACUACGCUACCGACAUUUCCCACAAUGAACACCCAUCGCCUGCCUCUUCUGUCGCAAAUCGUCGCUCUUCUCUAUCCGUCUCGUCCGAAUCGCGCUUCAAUGAAAUUGGUGUCCAGCAGAUCAGUAGCCAUGUCUAUUCUCAAAUAUUUCCCGGCAAAGCUCCACCAGCUCCCGAAGAGCUUGUUCGCUUGUCAAAGGACCAUCUGCAACGACAUGAUCUCCUGGGGAAGAAUACCGACUCGUCGGAUCCAGUCGCCUUUGACAUGCCCGAAAUACAAGGCCAGACAUUAGACGAACACUUCUACAAAUUAGCCAUGGAUUCUGCCGAGCCAUACUUAGGUCUUGCUCAAAAGUACUCGAUCGCAAAUGCGCCGCCCAGACCGCGCAAAUGGGUCAGACGGAGUGGAUGGACGAAGUACUCUCGGGAUGGCUCUUCCGAGCCUGUAGAAGCUCCGGACGAGGACAUGCUGACCUUCGAUGUCGAAGUCUUGUGGCACCAUUCAUCCUAUGCUGUCAUGGCAUGCGCCGUCAGCGAAAAGUCCUGGUAUGCCUGGUUAUCACCCUGGCUACUGGGUGAAUCCGAGAGCGACCGCCACCUUAUUCCGCUUGGAAACCCUCAAAAGCCGCGUAUCAUUGUAGGUCACAACAUCGGAUAUGACAGGGCUCGAAUUGCCGAGGAGUAUGAGCUCGAUCAAUCACGUAACUACUUCAUCGAUACUAUGUCGCUACACGUCGCUGUCAAUGGAAUGUGUUCGAGGCAAAGACCUACUUGGAACAUGCACCGCAAGAACCGCGAGACCAGAGACAAGAUCGCAAACUCGGAAGCUACGGCCGACCUGGCUGCACUUCUGCAGGCCAAGGGAGACAUAGACGAAGAGGAGGAGCUUUGGGUUGGCCGUAGUUCUGUCAAUUCUUUACGCGACGUUGCCCACUUCCAUUGUGGUGUCACUAUCGAUAAGGCUAAGCGUGAAUGGUUCUCAGAGCUCGAUCGACAAGGUGUCUGCGAUAAACUUGACGAGCUGCUCGAUUACUGCGCUGCUGAUGUUGACAUUACUCAUCGAGUUUAUAAGAAGGUCUUUCCAGCAUUCAUGGAAACUUGCCCUCAUCCUGUCAGUUUCGCUGCGCUCCGCCAUCUUUCGACCGAGAUAUUACCUGUCAACCGGACGUGGGAUUCAUACAUUGCAAAUGCAGAAGUUACAUAUCAUAAGCUAUCAGACGCUGUUGAACAGCGACUACAUGAUCUAGCAAACAAAGCACUUGAGCUGAAAGACAAACUUGAAGAAUACGCGAACGAUCCGUGGUUAAGCCAGCUGGACUGGUCAGGCCAGGAAAUCCGUAUGGUCAAGGGCAAGAAANAAGGUGACGCGCCAAGGCCUGCUGCACGACAGAAGAUGCCUGGUAUGCCCAACUGGUAUAAAGACUUGUUCGUCAAAAAUGGUGCGCCCAUUGGUCUCACAGUGCGCACGAGAAUAUCACCACUGCUAUUACGUCUUGCAUGGGACGGCUACCCACUAGUCUGGUCCGACAAAUAUGCAUGGACUUACAAGGUACCAAAAGCAGAAGCGAGGAAAUAUGUUGAUCGAGGAAUCGAGCCUUGCGACAUGUCUGAGGAGGAGAAUCUGAAAUUACGAGACGACAACACGCAUGUCUAUUUCCGUUUACCGCAUAAGGACGGGCCUCAAGCCAGAUGUGCCAACCCUCUAGCAAAAGGAUACCUCCAGUAUUUUGAGAAUGGUACUCUCUCAUCGGAGUACACGUAUGCAAAAGAGGCACUGCAGAUGAAUGCAUCCUGCUCGUAUUGGAUCAGUGCCAGGGAUCGAAUCAUGUCGCAGAUGGUUGUAUAUCGUGGAGAAGAAAACAAAACCGAUCAGCUCGGGUUUAUUCUGCCGCAAAUCAUCCCUAUGGGCACUAUCACACGGCGAGCGGUGGAGAAGACAUGGCUUACCGCGAGCAAUGCAAAGAAGAACCGCGUGGGCUCUGAGCUCAAGUCCAUGGUCAAGGCACCGCCUGGUUAUUGCUUUGUAGGUGCAGAUGUCGAUUCCCAAGAGCUUUGGAUUGCUGGACUGGUAGGAGAUGCAUCUUUCCAGAUUCAUGGUGGCAAUGCGAUUGGUUUUAUGAAUCUGGAAGGUAGCAAAGCACAAGGCACAGACAUGCACUCACGUACCGCUUCGAUCUUGGGCAUCUCUCGCAACGAUGCGAAAGUCUUCAACUACGGUCGUAUCUACGGUGCUGGCCUGCGAUUUGCUUCUACUCUGCUUCGUCAGUUCAACCCGUCUAUCAGCGACGCAGAUGCAGAUAACACGGCUAAGAAGCUUUACGAGAAUACCAAGGGUCAGAAGACAACUCGCAAAGUUCUCCGCGAACGACCAUUCUGGCGUGGAGGCACCGAAUCCUUUGUCUUCAACAAACUCGAAGAUUUUGCCGAGCAAGAACGACCAAGAACUCCAGUGCUAGGUGCUGGCAUCACCGAAGCAUUGAUGCGCCGCUUCAUCAGCAAAGGAGGCUUCAUGACUUCACGAAUCAACUGGGCCAUUCAAUCUUCGGGAGUUGACUAUCUGCAUCUCCUCAUCGUAUCCAUGGAAUAUCUCUGCCGCCGCUACAACAUCAACGCUCGUCUCUCAAUCACCGUGCACGACGAAAUCAGAUACCUAGUCAAAGAAGAAGACAAAUACCGCGCCGUGAUGGCCCUGCAAGUCAGCAACAUCUGGACACGCGCAAUGUUCUCCCAACAAAUGGGCAUCCACGACCUCCCCCAAUCAUGCGCCUACUUCUCCGCCGUCGACGUCGAUUCCGUGCUUCGCAAAGAAGUAGACAUGGAUUGCAUAACCCCGUCCCACACAACCCCCAUCCCCGCAGGCGAAAGUCUGGAUAUCCUUCAGUUGCUCGCCAAAGGAGAACAAGCCUACCUCGACCCUAAUAUCGUGCCCGACGACCCACCACAACCCCAAAGAUUCUCGUACGCAGAUCGCGAGCCUGUAAUGACGAGUUUGCAGAAAGCAGAGGCGCCGGCUUAUUUAAAAGCCCAAACUACAGGCAAUGAUGCAGAAUUACGGCAAAUCAUUAAGGAUUUGAGGUUUCCUUCUUCUGCUCCUGCUUCUACAAAGGCCAAGUCCUCCUCUGCCACCACCUCCUCUUCUUCCAAACCUAAAUCUUCAUCACGCAAGAAGAGUGACAAAGGCACAGACCCAUACAUGCAAACUCCUUCGUUGCUGAUGGUAGAAGAUGAAGAUGUGCCGUUUGCUAGAUAUAGCGAUAAACCCACGACAUUUGCGGAUUGGAGGGAUGUUUCUGUGCAUUCUUCUUCUGGGAAUACUGCGGGUACAACAAAGCAACAAGCAAAGAAGGCGGAGCAGAAUAAGAAUUCGGUGGAUAGGAAUUCGACGUGGUAUCCAGGGUUGGUGAGGAAGAUUCCUAGUGCUGUGGGAAAGGUGGUGUGA